UCUGACGCGGGGGGUCGCCAUGGGCGGGUGGAGGAAGCCGCGCGAGGCGCGCUGCGUAGGGGGCGGCUCCACCUCGGUCGGGACUCGGUGUUUACCAGGGGACCAGCUGCUUCUACCGCAGGACGGCGGGACACUCUGAGGGGAAGCAAGGACGCGGACGGACAGCUCGCAAGAGGAUGCUGGUGGUGGAGGUGGCGAACGGGCGCUCCCUGGUGUGGGGGGCCGAGGCGGUGCAAGCGCUGCGCGAGCGCCUGGGCGUGGGGGGCCGCACGGUGGGCGCCCUGCCCCGCGGGCCCCGCCAGAACUCGCGCCUGGGCCUCCCGCUGCUGCUGAUGCCCGAAGAGGCGCGGCUGCUGGCCGAGAUCGGCGCCGUGACCCUGGUCAGCGCCCCGCGCCCGGACCCCCGCCAGCACGGCCUGGCUCUGGCAUCCUUCAAGCGCCAACAAGAGCAGAGCUUCCAGGAGCAGAGCGCCUUGGCCGGGGAGGCCCGGGAGGCCCGGCGUCAGGAGCUGCUGGAGAAGAUCGCGGAGGGCCAGGCCGCCAAGAAGCAGAAGCUGGAGCAGGAGGCGGCCGCAGGGCAGGCCCAGGAGGGCCAGGCUUCCGGGGGGCAGGACGAGGCAGCCCCCUCGUCUUCCCAGCCAGGGCCUUCCAGCGGGCCGGCCCCCUUGCCCAGGUCCGCUCUGCUCGUGCAGCUGGCCACCGCCAGGCCGCGACCUGUCAAGGCCAGGCCGCUGGACUGGCGCGUGCAGUCCGAGGACUGGCCGCACGCCGGCCGGCCUGCCCACGAGCUGCGCUACAGCAUCUACAGGGACCUGUGGGAGCGCGGCUUCUUCCUCAGCGCCGCGGGCAAGUUCGGCGGCGACUUCCUGGUCUACCCAGGCGACCCGCUCCGUUUCCACGCGCACUACAUCGCCCAGUGCUGGGCCCCCGACGACCCCAUCCCCCUGCAGGACCUGGUCUCUGCCGGCCGCCUGGGAACCAGCGUGAGAAAGACCGUGCUGCUCUGCUCCCCGCAGCCCGGCGGCAAGGUGGUCUACACCUCCCUGCAGUGGGCCUGCCUGCAGUGAGCGCCCGGCCCAGCGGCAAGGUGGUCUACACCUCCCUGCAGCGGGCCAGCCUGCAGUGAGCGCCCCGGCCCCGCUGGACUCUGCAUCCUUCGGGGCUCCCCGCCGCGAGCUCUGGGCGGCUGUGCUGGUGUCGUGGUUACCGGUUCCCAGACUGUGGGCUUCUGAGAUGGGACCGGCGUGUUCAUCUGUUCCUGCAGGGCCUCGGUCCCAGAGGUCUCAAUAAACUUGUGGACUAACCCUGAGUUUGUGGCUACAGUCCUGGGAGGUGACGUGUGUGUGCUUCCGUCCGCGGGGACAGCUGUGGAGACGGCGUGGGGAGGCCGGGUGCCCUGCCCGGUCCCCUCGCUCCGCAGAGGUUGUACAGAGAACACUGUGCAGCCGCUGCGAGUUCAGGGGUCAGAAUUUGGGGGACGUCAGUGGGGGCUUCUGGAAUGUGUUUCCGUGUCCUGGGUGGUGCUUCAGAACUGUUUUGAUGUUGUUUACUUACACAUGUAUUUAAAUGUUUAUCUCCUUUCUGAGAGAGACAUCUCCCAUCCACUGGUUCACUCCCACAAUGGCCAAGGCCAGGCCAGACCAAAGCCAGGAGCAGGCAACUCCAUCUGGGUCUCCCAUAGGAGUGGCAGGGACCUGUGCAGCCUCCCAGGGAGCUGGGGUCAGAAGUGUGGCCAGGACUCACACCCAGUGCUCCAACAGGGGCCACGGCAUUCUAACUCACACCACACACCCACGCCUCCAUGUCUGUUUUAGGUUUAUUAAACAUGUUCUGGUCUACAAUUUUGAUAAAAACUAAAACAUGUAUGUGAGGUAUUUCAAAGCUUCGUGGAGGGCUGGCGCUGUGGUGCAGUGGGUUAAAGCACUGGCCUGAAGCACCGGCAUCCCAUAUGGGCGCCGGUUCGAGACCCAGCUGCUCCACUUCUGAUCCAGCUCUCUGCUGUGGCCUGGGAAAGCAGCAGAAGAUGACCCAAGUCCGGCGCCGUGGCACAGCAGGUUAAAAGCCGCCACCUGUGAUGCCGGCAUACUGCAUGGGCACUAGUCUGAGUCCCAGCUGCUCCACUUCCUGUCCAGCUCCCUGCUAAUGCACCUGGGAAAGUGGCAGAAGAUGACCCCAGUGCUGGGCCCCUGCACCCUUGUGGGAGACCUGGAAGAAGCUCCUGGCUCCUGGCUUGGGAUCGGCCCAGCUCCGGCUGUUGCGGCCAUCUGGGGAGUAAACCAGCAGAUGGAAGACCUCUCUCUCUCUCUACCUCUCUCUGUAACUCUGUCUUUCAAAUAAAUAAAAUCU